AUGGCGACAACAAGAUUGGCUGCCAAUGGUGUUCGGAGUCUCGUGAACCGCAACACGCAGCCAUUUUGCACAACUCCUGCUCGGAGGUCGCAUGUCGUGACCAUCGCCAUUCGAGUGGCAAAGAAUAUGUGGAUAUCCGCAUGCUCUGUGGCCCUCUCGAUCUUGAAGAUUCCCACUGGCCGCCCUCGUGCUAUAACUCUGACAAGUCUUUUGCCCUCCCCUCCUCUUCAACUCCCUCUAACGUUCAUCCCAGCUCCCCCUCUUCGCGACCGAGAAAUCAUAUUCGUCAUGAAUCAUAACUUCGACAGCGCAGAAGCAUUCGUUUGUCCUUUCCAGGAGGAUCUCAUUCUCCCUUACGGCGGUGAACCCCGCAAUGACGCUGAAGAAUUCACCUAUCGCCCUUUCACAUUCCCUUCCAACCCUCAUAACAACGGGGAUGGGUUCACGUAUUCUUCUGGGGAGAAUUUCAUUCCUCCUUCCGACAUCCGUAAUGCUGUUACUGGCCCCUAUCAUUAUGAUACUGGGAGAAUUCAACCGAUGCUGCCGAACCCUACUGGUAUCGUGAUGCCUGCAUCCGCACAAGGGUGGAAUAUCAGUACGGCCAUUCACUAUCCUCAGGAUGAUUUAUCAGUGCUUCCUACCCAACAACCAGUCACCCACCCGUCUAUGAUGUCGUUGGACACGGCCCAUGUAAAUCCUGCAGACACGCUUCUCACGGGUCCCCCCCACGGUAGCAUCGCUCCUCAGCCACAUGUCGCACCCCAGAUUAACCUGCCCAAGCGCUGUGAAUGGGAAAACUGCGGUGCAACUCUGCUCGAUACUAGCAAUGCUGGUAUCAAGAAACACCUACGUCAAUUCCACUCCGUUGCUGACUCGAAGAGUGUGUGCUGCCUGUGGUGCACAGGCAGCACCGUCUGCAAGCACAAUAUGCAGCUGGUCAGCCUCGUGCGACACAUUGCAGAGAUGCACUUGCGUACAAGUGAGGUUCAAUGCCAGGAUUGUGGCCAUCUCUAUGUGAGAGCGGACGUCUUGAGGAAACAUCGGAAGGGCAAUUCGUGCGGCAAACGUCGCUGA